AUGGCAGACGCUCUCAACGUUCUCGCUCGUAAGCCAGUGUUUUUGCCAGGAUUUUCCUACGUCAGGCUGCUUUACCUUCUCCAGCAAAGCUCCUCCAGCCUUCAGCUGAGGACCGAGUGCGCCGUGGUUCUGGGCAGCUUAGCCAUGGGAACGGAGAACAACAUCAAGUCCCUGGUGGACUGUCACAUCAUCCCCACCCUGCUGCAAGGUCUCUUGUGUCCAGAUCUGGUCUUCACUGAAGCCUGUCUUCGAUGUCUCAGAACGGUCUUCAUCAGUCCUGUGACGCCUGUCCAGCUGCUGUAUACUGACCCCACUGUGAUUCCUCAUCUGAUGUCUCUGCUGAGUAACUCCCAGAGAACCCAGGAGUACAUCACCCAGAUCUUCUCCCACUGUUGUAAGACCCCGGAGCACCAGACGGUCCUGUUCAACCACGGUGCCAUCCAGAACAUCGCCCCGCUGCUCAUUUCAUCCUCUUAUAAGGUCCGGAUGCAGGCGUUAAAGUGUUUCUCAGUCCUGGCCUACGAGAACACUCUGGUCUCCAUGACGCUGGUGAAUGUGCUGGUGGACGGCGAGCAGCUCCCUCAGGUAUUUGUUAGGAUGAUGCAAAGGGAUCAGCCUGUUGAAAUGCAGCUGACGGCAGCCAAAUGUCUGACCUACAUGUGUCGAGCAGGAGCCAUCCGGACGGACGACGGCUGCAUAGUGCUGAAGACGUUGCCCUGCCUCGUACGGAUGUGCAGUAAAGAGCAUUUGCUGGAGGAGAGGGUGGAGGGUGCAGAAACCCUGGCCUACCUGAUGGAGCCUGACGUGGAGCUGCAGAGGAUCGCCAGCACCACUGACCACCUGGUGGCCAUGCUGGCCGACUACUUCAAGUACCCCAGCUCUGUGUCCGCCAUCACAGACAUCAAGAGGCUGGACCAUGACCUCAAACAUGCACAUGAGCUGAGACAAGCUGCUUUCAAGCUCUACGCCUCCCUGGGCUCAAACGACGAGGACAUCCGGAAAAAGAUCACAGAGACGGAAAACAUGAUGGACCGAAUAGUUAGCGGCCUAUCAGAGUCCAGCAUUAAAGUGCGGCUGGCAGCAGUGAGAUGUCUUCAUAGUCUCUCGCGGUCGGUGCAGCAGCUGCGGACCAGCUUUCACGAUCACGCCGUGUGGAAGCCGCUCAUGAAGCUGCUGCAGAACGCCCCCGAUGAAGUGCUGGUCAUGGCUUCCUCAACACUAUGCAACCUGCUGCUGGAGUUCUCACCAAGUAAAGAGCCCAUCCUGGAGUCUGGGGUGAUCGAGUUACUCUGCAGUCUGACUCAGAGCGACAGCCCCGCUCUGAGGGUGAACGGCAUCUGGGCCCUCAUGAAACUGAUUUGCAGCUCUAAGUUGCAGAGCUGCUGGGUUUCUAGCAGGGAUCCAGUUCAUGCUGGGUUCACUGGGUUUGGGCCAUGCCGAAGAAGUGAAUGUUCUCCCUGUUCAUGUUUUCAGCACAUCGACCAGAUCAUGAGCUCUCAUGGGAAGCAGAUCAUGCAGGCAGUGACUCUGAUCCUGGAAGCCGAGCACAGUGCAGAGGUCAAAGAGCAGACGCUGUGCAUCCUGGCUAACAUCGCCGAUGGAAACACCGCCAAGGAACUCAUCAUGACAAACGACGACAUGCUGCAGAAAGUUAAAUAUUACAUGGGACACUCCAACGUCAAGCUGCAGCUCGCCGCCACCUUCUGCGUCUCAAACCUGAUCUGGAAUGAGGAGGACGGUUCUCAGGAUCGCCAAGACAAGCUGAGGGAGAUGGGCUUCGUAGACGCCCUGCACAAACUCACACAGUCUACCGACCCCAACCUCAGCGACAGGGCGAAGACUGCGUUGCAGCAGUACCUAGCAUGACUACAGUGGGCAGCGAUCCUCUACUGCCAGCCUAACUAACAGGAGGACGCCCGCCGGUCCGCCUGAGGGUUUAUGUUUGGGAUUAAACUCUAGAGACUUGCACAAAGACACCUUUUUAUUUUUUGGGAGCUGUGAGACUUUUCUCCUGCCUCCCAGCCUCGGCGGUUCUUCUCAGGCCCGGCUCGUCCUGGAUGAAGGCUGUGAAACUGUGGAAGAGUUCAGGAAGUUUGUCUUUUUUUUGCUUGAGGUGGAUCUUUCUAGGUUUUGACUCUGGAAGAGAAGCGCUGGAAGUGGCUGUUUGGACUCCGGAUGUUGGAGAAUCUCAUGGAUUCGUCUGCAUCUCACAGAGAUGCUGUUGGACAGGAGAACCUUUUGGAUUAAUAUUUCUGUUAAUAUUUAUGUCUACCUGAGGCAUCGUUAGCGAGGAUAUAUUUGGAAGAAAUGCCUAUUUUGAAACUUUGGAUGUUUUAUUUUUUUGUGGACCUAUACCUCGUAAAUAUAUAUAUAUAUAAAUAUAUAUGGAUUUAAACCUAAAUAUAUAUUUUUGGAUUUUUAUUUUCCCCUCUCCCUGCCCAUGGGUUUGAUCCGUUUCCUCUCGCCGUGCCCCUCUGCAGCCUGGUUUUAACUUCUUCAAACCUUGGAUUUUUUCUGUCUGCGGUGGUGAAAAAUGAAAUUUAAGGGUUUGUGUUCAGCGACCCAAGCGACUGCUUGCCUGCGACCUCUGCCAGGUGUCCUUAUGCUCCCCAUGGGAAACGUAGAGCUGGCGUCGCUCGGUCCGAUCCGCUCUGUGAUUAGAGGACGUGGAGAAGCUCUCCUCCAAUCAGGGUGCCUCAGCUGAUGCUCUCUGACAUUUUAAAGUGAAGCUCUGAUGGAUGAAUGUCACUAAUGAAAUAUAUGCAGACCUGCAGAAGGACUCCUUGGUGUCGUGUGUUAUUUCUCCUGUCAGGAGAAGCGUAGAGGUUGGUUUGCUAGUUAAACGUGUUCCUUUCUGAUCUCAUCCGUCACCGUUUGCUGUCUGACUUUAUGAUUUGUUACUGAUAUCAUUUCAGAUGCUCUUUGUCCCUUUUUUUUUGGUUAUUUUCUUACAAAAGAAUAAAAAUCA